AUGUCGUCCACCAGCAAUGCCUCCAUUGACAAGUUCAACGGAGACAAUUACGCAACGUGGAGCCGGUACAUGCGCGGUGUGUUUUUGACGAAGUCCGUCUGGCACGUUGUCAACCGUGAAGUGACUCCGACUUUCACCGACCCGCGAGCGUCCGAUGACUACGUCAAGGCAAGCAACGUCGCGUUUGGUAUGAUGCUGCUGCACAUGAACGCGGACUACCAUCAUGUGCUGGACAACUGCGAGGAAGCCUGGGUUGCGUGGACAAGUCUGAAGACGCUGUACGGUGGGUCGCAGAAGGCAGGACGCAUCUACCUCAAGCGACAACUUUUCAGUAUAAAGAUGGCUGAAGGCGCGAACGUCAUGCAUCACUGCAACGAGGUCCUCAACAUCUCCGCCAAGCUUAGCGGCAUCGGUGCGAAGAUGGAAGACGAAGACGUUGCAAUUUGUCUGCUACUCAGUCUUCCGAAGAGCUACGAAAAUGUGGUGCUCAACAUGGAAAUGAGCAGCACCGAGCUUCGCACUCAAGAUGUGGUGAGAGUCCUGACGAAUGAGCAUGCCAAGCGUCAAGGAGAAAAAGGGACAACGACAGCGACUACGGUGAAGGCUGAAGAUGCAAGCAAGGCAUUCAGCGCCGAGCGUGAGCCCUACCAAUGCACGUAUUGUGGCAAGGUGGGACACACGGUGGAUCGUUGCUGGACAAAGCAGAAGAACGAAGGCAAUGGCUACGAUCGAGUGGCGUUUGCAGUCUCGUUCGAAUGUGGAGUUUCGACGAGCAAGGACGUGUCUGGAAUGUGGGCCGUCGACAGUGGUGCAACGCACCACAUUUGCCACGACAAGACCAAGUUCGCAAGUUUGGCAGAGCGCAAUGAGGGCGAACUCUUGGUGGCUGAUGGCAACAAGGUGGCCAUCAAGGGUGUGGGAACCAUCAUGGAAAAGGUGGUUCUGCCCAACGGUGAAGAGCGUGAGAUCGAAAUCAAGAACGCGCUAUAUGUUCCAAGUAUGAGCAAGAACCUGCUCUCGGUGCCACAGAUUAACAGCCAUGGCAAGUUUCAAGUCGUGUUUGACGGGUCCAAGAUGUAUGUGACUCUCAAGAACUCACAGCAAGUGGUGGCGACAGCGGAUCUCGUGGAUGGACUCUACUGGCUUCGGACGACUCAACGAUCAGCGAAUGUGACAACAAGUGGAACCAGUUGUGCCAAUCUACAUGCGAGAAUGGGUCAUGCUCCAGUCGAUGUACUUCGCAAGAUGAUCGCGACCAACAUGAUCAAGGAUGUGCGAGUCCCUCUCAAGUCGGGUGGAGCAACUACAUGUCGAGGAUGUCAACAAGGGAAAAUGGUCCAAAAACCAUUUCCAAGCAACCGAGACAAGCGCAGCUACGAUACGUUUGAGCUACUUCAUCUGGACAUCUGCGGGCCCAUGGAAAAGGAUUCGCUCGGUGGCAGCAAAUAUUUGCUGCUGAUCAUCGACGAAGCCAGUGGAUGCAUGAAGGGCUUUUGUCUACGAGUGAAGUCCGAGAGUGAAGACUACAUCCGGAAAUAUAUCACCAUGGUACAGACGCAAUUCUGUAAGAAGGUCAAGUUCGUGCGACACGACGGAGCUCGCGAGUUUGCAACCAACUCGCUUCAACUGUUCUACGAAGACGAAGGCAUUGAACAGCAGACAACGGUGCCGUAUGCACAUCAAACAAACGGAACAGCAGAGCGUGCCAUUAGGACUAUUGUCACGAUCGGCCGCAGCAUGCUUCAUCAUGCCAAACUGGACAAGUGUUUCUGGGCCGAAGCAGCGAUGACGGCCAUCUACGUCAAGAAUCGACUGUGUUGA